UUUUUAGGAAACAUGUCUUUUGUGGACACUCUGAGACAGUGGGACGAAGCCGUAACCUGCGCCAACAGGCAGGAAUGGUCAGAAGCACUCAGGAUUUUCCUGUCCAUCCAAGAGCCAAUCUCCAAAAUCUGUUUCAACAUCGGCUGCCUUCAGCUUCUGGACCAGGACCUGGAUGCUGCAGAAAAGGCGUUUGAUUGCAGCAUACGCAAGGAUGAGCAUCUGGCGGUCGCCUUCUUUCAAAGAGGAAUCACCUUCUACAAAAAGAAAAGGUACGAGGAGAGUUCGGCCGAUUUCCAGAGAGCCUUUAAGGCCCUGAGGGGCAACCAGCUGAUAGAUUACAAAGCUCUUGGUCUCAGAUACAUCCUCUACGCCUGUGAGGUCCUCCAUAAUGUGGCCCUGGCUGAAGCUCAGCAGGGAAACUGGGAAAAGGCUCAGGAGAACCUCGUCAAGGCGCUCGACUACAAGACUGAGACCAAGCUCGGCAUCAUCGACAGAGCUCUGCAGUCCACUCUGAAACAAAAGCUUUUCAAACUCGUCGAGUUCCCUUCGAAGAUGAUGUUCAAACCAAACAAGCACUACGUCGCUGAGCUGGAGAAAAAGGACUACCUGGGCAAAGCUAAGGUUGUUGCUUCCGUGGUUCCUCAGGAUGAAUUCUCUGGAUUUGCACCGUUACAGCCACAGGUUGAAGGUGGUCCAGCUACUCCAAAAGAACCUGAGGUUCUGAGAGCUUUAAAAGGAGAGCCCCACACCGUGCUGUUUGAGUUUGAUCCUGAGACCAAUGACGAGUUGGCCGUAGUGCCGGGCAACAUCGUGUUCGUGUUGCAGAAGGGAGCUGACAACUGGGCGUACGUGGUCUUCAACGAAAGGAGGGGACUUGUUCCUUACAAUUACCUCGAACGCUUGGAAAUCUCAGUGGCCUCUAAACAAAACAAGAGUUUAGCCAGACCUCUGAGUCGAGAACCACCAACCAGACCUGAGAGGAUUCAAGGUCUUACUCCAGGUGAGAGAAAUGGAAGAACUCAGCAGAAGAUGGAACAGCCAAAAGAUAAUUCAUGCCACAUUAAAAUCCAUUUCACCUUCAACUUCAUCGUCUCUGUACCUUCCGGGUCUCCCCAUGUGAUCCUGAUGGGGAAGAUCAGCAAGAAGCUGAAUCUCCCUCCUGCCACCAUCUGCUUAAGCUUAGACUCGAGUGGGAAGCAACUCAUCGAUGCCAACACAGAUCUGUGGAGCCAGGCCGCUGGAGGACGCAUCACGCUGUGGUGCAACACCAAAGAGCCACAGAAAGAGAUCCGGUUCAUGGCACUUCACUCCUACAAGUCAUCGAACCCAGAGGAUCUGAACUUUCAGCAGGGUGACACCAUCAAGCUUCUCUCCAGAGUGAACCAGGACUGGUUGGAGGGGCAGUGUAAUGGGAACACCGGUAUAUUUCCUGCAGCUUUCGUGGAGGAACUUCCUGUGAACGGACAGUAACUCCUGCGAUGGCGAUGCCUCUCCUGCCCUCCACCGCCUUCACGACCGGCG